GCUUGUUCAUACAAACGGUUCCUCCUGCACUUCCUCUACUGCCAAACAACACUGAUGCAGAUUACUUCCUUGUUUGCAACACCAACUUUGUACCUCCUUCAUACUUCAACCCGGCAGUGACAGCCCGAAGCAUCCCGGUGUCUGCUGGAACCUGCACUGACAAGGCUUCAGUCUGCUGACACCUGACAACGGUCUCUACAGUCCCAGGAGGUUUUAGCUUUGUGCAAAGCCCUGCCAACAAUCAACUCAAAAUGAGUAAGAAAAUCAACAUGGCCCUUUUGAAGCAACAGUCGACACCAUGCAUGGGAAAGGAUUUACCACGCCUUUUCCCAAAAGUGUCAAUACACGAGGUGGAUGAGAGGGUUCGUCUGAUGGCAGAGAAGGUGUACGCCUCUGCUCUGAAGGAGGAAGACAGCAAGGAUACUCUGGCUCUGUUCACUGUCCCAGAAGACUGUCCCAUUGGUCUGAAUGAGACUAGAGAGAAGGAGCUGCAAAAGGAGAUGGCUGAACAGCUGUCUCAGGAGUCAGUUAAGAGGAAGAAGAGUUUCAAGUUGAAGCGGUCACAGUCGGUAUCUUUGCAGAUGCCUCCUGAUUGGACACCUACCCCAGCGCAAACACCCGCCACUGCUGAAUCUUUGCUUUCAGACUCCUUCCCAGACUUCCAGAGAGUUACCAUCAGUGGAGAUUACUGUGCAGGGAUCACAGUUGAGGACUAUGAGCAAGCAACUAAGGGUCUCCUCAAAGCCCUGUUCAUCCGAGAGAAGUACUCCAGGCUGGCCUACCACCGAUUUCCAAGGACCACUGCCCUGUUCCUGCGAAAUGCUGAAAAUGAGAGGUGGCUAGAAGAGGAUGAAGUCCUGCCAGACAUCUUUCCUUACCCCCAUGAAGGGGAGGACCCAUACUCCAUGGAGGGUAUUCCUGAAGACCUGAACUAUGAGCUGCAGAUAAAGGAUGGUAUAAUUCAUGUUUAUGAGAGUGCUGAGGCCCUGAAACAGGAGCAAGCUUACAGCCUUCCUUACCCUGACCUCGAGACCUUUGCUAUAGACCUGAGCCAUGUACUUGCGAUGAUAGCUGACGGCCCAACAAAAUCCUACUGCCACAGACGGCUGAACUUCCUGGGCUCCAAAUUCUACCUGCAUGAAAUGCUGAAUGAAAUGGCGGAGCUAAAAGAGCUGAAAAGAGUCCCACACAGAGACUUCUACAACGUUAGAAAGGUGGACACACAUAUACAUGCUGCCGCUUGCAUGAACCAGAAGCAUCUGCUGAGAUUCAUACAGACCACAUACCAGACUGAAGCAGAUCGAGUGGUCUUGGAAAAAGGCAGUAAGAAGCUCACACUCAAGGAAGUCUUUGACAGCCUCCACAUGGACCCAUAUGACCUCACUGUAGACUCUCUGGACGUGCACGCUGGAAGGCAAACCUUUCAUCGGUUUGAUAAGUUCAACUCAAAAUACAACCCUGUGGGGGCCAGCGAGCUGCGGGAGAUUUACCUGAAAGCGGACAACUACAUCAAAGGAGAAUACUUUGCACGUCUCAUUAAGGAAGUCGCCGCGGAGCUGGAGGAGAGCAAAUACCAACAUGCCGAGCCCCGUCUGUCAAUUUACGGCCGCUCUGCGAGCGAGUGGGAGAGCCUAGCGACGUGGUUCAUCCAGCAUAAGGUCCACUCGCCCAACAUGAGAUGGAUGAUCCAAGUGCCCAGGAUUUAUGAUAUUUUCAAGUCAAAGAAAUUAAUCCCAAGCUUUGCCAAGAUACUGGAGAAUGUGUUCCGCCCCCUCUUUGAGGCUACAAUCAACCCUCAAAAGCACAAAGCAGUCCACGUGUUCUUAAAAUAUGUGACGGGAUUUGACAGCGUGGAUGACGAAUCUAAACACAGCGACCACAUGUUCUCUUACAAGAGCCCGAAGCCUGAGGCAUGGACCACAGAUGACAAUCCUCCCUACACCUAUUAUCUGUUCUACAUGUAUGCCAACAUAAUGGUUCUCAACAACCUCCGCAAGCAAAGAGGACUGAACACCUUCCUGUUCCGUCCCCAUUGUGGAGAGGCGGGUUCCAUCACUCAUCUUGUCUCCGCCUUCCUGACAGCUGACAACAUCUCCCAUGGACUCAACCUUAAGAAGAGCCCAGUGUUGCAGUAUCUAUACUACCUGGCCCAGGUCCCAAUUGCCAUGUCUCCACUGAGCAACAACAGCCUGUUCCUGGAGUACUCCAAGAACCCCCUGAGAGAGUUUCUGCACAAGGGCCUGUGUGUGUCCCUGUCCACCGACGACCCCAUGCAGUUCCACUACACCAAGGAGGCCUUGAUGGAGGAGUAUGCCAUUGCAGCUCAGCUGUGGAAGCUGAGCACUUGUGAUUUGUGUGAGAUUGCCAGGAACAGUGUCGUGCAGAGCGGCCUCUCACAUGAGGAGAAGAAACACUUCAUUGGGCCCAACUACCUACAGGAUGGACCGAACGGCAAUGACAUCAGGCGGACAAAUGUAGCACAAAUCCGCAUGGCCUAUCGCUACGAGACUCUGUGCAAUGAGCUCAGUUUUCUAGUGGACGCAGUGAAAACCGAGUUCGGCGACAGUUCAGCUCAGUGACCGAACACACCAACACAAACUGUGCUUGGAUAUGUCACACAGGGAUAAAAGGGCACAGGCUAGACAGCACAAUCUUUUAAACGCCCUCUAAAGGUUCCUGAUGCUUAUUAGGAAAAAAAUGCAGUUUUCUACAUAUUUGAUGCUUGUUGGUAAAGGUGGCGGUGUUUUGACCUCAUGUCACAAAAUGAAAAUGUGAUUGUAACACCUUCCAGUCAGCAUGUAUAUCAUUUCAUUAGAAUAACAGUCUAUUUUCAUUUUGCAAGUUGUUUACUGUGGAUGUGGCUUUUGGAUUGACACAUUAAGAAAGGGGAAAUGGUUUAAAAGUUAGAAAGCAACAAUUGAUUUUUGUUCUGCAUGUUCUCUGCUUGAAGAUAAUACACGUUUGGGGUCAGACUAUGCCGUGUGCAUGGAUUUCAGGCACGAGCAUAAUUUUGACAGACGUUAAUGAAAGGCCAGGUUAACCGUUACAGUGAAAUCUGUAUUUAAGACCUGUGUUACACUCGCAAACAUGUAACUGUUUAGAAUUUUCUUUUUAUAUAUGUGAUGUCAUUUUUAAAUAGUUUUCCAUUCCUAAAAUAAAGGCUACAGAAAUGUCA